AAGUCAAAGUAUGAUACAAAACAUAACCUCAUCUCAUCUUGUUGCUUGCUUGUUUGUACACUAGUUACAAUAAAUAAAUACUAGGUCCUUUGAUUUCGAUUGAUUAAACAAAGAGUGAAUGCUAGACAUUAAGACAGGUUCAAAAGAACCUAUUCUCUAAACUAAAAACGUUCAAUAAUAUAAGCGUAAUCAAAAUAGAAAUGGGUGUCACUGUUCUGCAACAAUACCCUGUGCCUGAAAACAAGACUGGUACAUAUGUCAUAGAGCUGUUAACCAAACGGAUCCUUGCGCUGGGAGCCACUCAACAAGGCCAGUUCCUAGUCGACUGCGAGAGCUACUUGUCACAUCCACAAAUGGGAACAACAAAAACAGUCCACAUCCUCCACAAUUCAGAACAGCCAGCGUCUGUGUUCUCGAUACUGGAGAGCGGGACAAAAAAUAUACAUGUUAUAGCGGAUGGGUUGUUCGACCUCCUCAUGAUGAAGUUGUCUCAACAUUACACUUCUAAGAAACAGACGAAGAUUGAAAGUAAAGGGCCAAGAUUUGAGCUUGGAGAUUUCUGUGUGAAGCUGGGCUCCGUGACAAUGAACCAGAAUUUUAAAGGGAUACUUAUUGAGGUAGAAUACCGGGCGUGUGUGAUGGCGAGCGGCGUGUGGGGCCUCCUGCGGGAGUUCCUGCAGGGGCUGCUGGGCGCCGGCGCGGCCGUGGCGCCGCCCGCGCACUUGCUCACGCGCAUGAACGAGAUCUACACGCCCAUUGACACAGUGUACCAGUAUCUGGACCACUUCGCCGCUUACAGGAAGGUCACGGGAAUGAGGGCGUGAUAAAUAUAUUCAAUCGUGAAGUGUGAAAUGUUUGGAUGAUUUACUGUGCCAAUUUGGAUACUCGGAGCAGUUUUUUCUUUUCGAGUGUGUUAUUGCUAACACCGGUGUCAGAUUUUAUACAAGUCACCUAAAGGCGUCUGGCGUGACUUUUACGAUUACCUAUCGACAUCUAGUGGUAAGUAAUCUAACCAGGAACAGGAACAGUUAUCUAACCAGGUUUCCUCACGAUGUUUUCCUACACUGAAAGCAGUUGAUGCUUGGAUGCAACCGGGAGAGAUAAACUUUAUGGGAAAGUCUGUUUCCAGCCGUCAUAAAAAUGUGGGAUAGUAACCUAUACCAGUACCUAUUGUCCACGACGAUCAAUUAAAUUUUA